AUGGCCAAUACUGCAUCAAAUAUUUGUACAGCACCGCCCUCUACAGUGUCCCAGGAGCCCAUGGAGCAAUCGUUCAUCGACUCUGCUCCGUCGUCAAGACACAGUUCUGCAGUUUCUGCGGAACAGGCGGAGUAUGUGCUUUUAGAUGCACAAGGGCAGCUGUUACACCUUGUGCGAGCUCUUUCUCAGUGUUCAAGUUUCCCACAAGAUCUGGAGGAAAUAUACCGCAUCACCGACACUUUUGUCAAGGUAGUGGAUGAUAUUGCCACAGGUUUGGAUGCAUCUUCUGCACGAAGAUCAUGGUGCGGUGGCUCGAUUAUGCACAUGCUACUUUCGAGUUGCUAUAUGAGUCUCAUUCAGGCGUUCGAAUGCCUGGUCGGCCUCCUGAGACGCGAGCUAGGCCUCACGGACGACGGCUUCGAGCCAACCCUCGACAUAAAUUUGGCCCAGACGCAGAUGGGCAUCCCCACAACGGCAAGCAAUGUGCCGUACAUCAGUGCGGACAAUGUGCGCUUGGCGAUGCCCCAUCGCGCUGUGGCGGAGAUCAAUUUUCACCUAGUGGGUCAGGCGGUCCAGCAUCUCAAAGCCUCCAUCUCUCGCUGCGCGGCCAAGGUUCAGACGGGGCUAGACAUGGAGAGCGAGCAGUCGUUACAUGCUCUGGCUAGCUCAAGCUCAAUUCGCGCCUUUACAAAGCUGGCCAUGAAUGAGUUGGAGCAACGAGAAAAAAGCUUGCUUACGGGUUUGCAGAUGCCCACAUUGUGA